CCUUCUGUCUUUGGUGGUAGUUUCAGCAUGAAAGGAGGCGGGCAAGGAAUGUAACAGCGGAAGAUUCAAAAUGGACAUGGCGGCGGAAAACCCCCCCAACGAAAACAAACAAAACAGAAGGUAGAGAUAUCAUCAAACAGUGUUGACUUCCGAACAGUUUGCACGAUAACACAAUUACACUCAUUAUGUGGCUAUGACUGUUGCUAUCUAUCAAACGCCUAAUGUUACUCAACCAGCUGGAGAGAUAGAUUUGGCUAGCAAGGAGUUAGCCAACUGGCUAACUAACUUCCCUAGCCAUGCUACGUUCGUUAGCUAGCUAUCCAGCUACAUACUUGAUUGAUAUAAAGGGUUUGCAAAUUGGUAUAUUCAAGACAUAGUUGCUUGUUGGUUCCUUGAUAAAUCAGGUCUGAACAUUCUUUCUAGGUAACAUUAAGUAGCUAAUUAGCUGCUAAACAAUAACAACCAGACUAAUGUCUGUACUCUCUCCCCUCCCACCCCAGCGGGACCGUGUGCAGUGUAGUGAUCUCUCAGGACCCUGCACCCCAGCCUAUCAUCUUCAACCCAGAUUUCUUAGUGGAGCGUCUGAGACAUGAGCGUCCCCAGGUGUUCACAGAGCUGGUCCUCAGUAACAUCACCAGGCUCAUAGACCUGCCUGGGGAUGAGUUUGCCCAGCUCACAGGAGAGGCAGACCCCAGACUGCCUACAGCACACACAGGCUUCCUACGCUCUCUCAACUUUCUGAAACGCAAAGGUGAACUUACCGUAAUGUUGUGUACUCGACACACACACACACUGAGGUCUUUGUGUCGUGUGCAUCUCAAAGGUCCUGUGCUGUCCAUUCACUCCAAACCUUUUUGUGAUUUCCAGACAAAGGAGUGGUGUUUGGUGCUACUCUGACGGAGGAGGGCAUAGCACAGAUCUACCAGCUGAUUGAAUACCUCAGCAAGAGUGAGCUCUACAAUUAUCCCAUCUUUACAAGCUCACCUUUCUGCCUUCAUCUAGAAAUAAAAAUACCAUUUGCUUUCUCAACGUUUUGUAGGAGUGUUCUAAUUCCACAUGUUUUAAUCUCCUAGUUCUGUCCUCCACUCGACUUCCUGGCUGAAGCACCUAAUAGGCUUUCUGUACGUUAGUUCCUGGCCCAGUCUGUCUUUAGUGUUAAUAUCUAGUCUGAGCGCUGAAUGAGUGAGUAGGUAUGAGCUCAUGGUCUAUUUCCUGCUCUAGUGAUGUCAUCAUCUGAAAGUGGACUCUAGGAUAGAGCAAGGGAGUCAAUAAUUCAGCUGAAAACACUUUACUCUCCUAUUUUCUGUUUCUGUCUGACCUCUUUCUCUCUCCUCUCUUGCAUUUCUCUGCCCCCCCCCCCCCCCAUUCUCUCACCACUGCUUCUCUCUCUCUCUCAUACACCUCCUUCUCCCUACUUAUCUCUUCCCCUUCUCUCUAUCCGUAUGUAAUCCGUCUCUCUCAGACCUCCAUGUGGAGGGGUUGUUCCGUGUGCCAGGCCACAGCCUGCGGCAGGCAGCCCUGAGAGAGAUGUUGAAUGCCGGGACAGAGAUAGACCUGGAGACCGGGGACUUCCAUCCUAAUGAUGCUGCCACCCUGCUUAAAGCCUUCCUAGGAGAGCUGCCCGAACCCCUACUCACACACAGACACUACCACGCCCAUCUGAAGAUAGCAGGUAACACACACACAACAACAAGCCAUAUAACCUAAAUAUACCAAACAUUAGGAACACCUUCCUAAUAUUGAGUUGCACCCUUGCUUCUGAAUGGCACACAUACACAAUCCAGGUCUCAAUUGUCUCAAGGCUUAAAAAUCCUUCUUUAACCUGUCUCCUCCCCUUCUUCUACACUGAUUGAAGUGGAUUUAACAAGUGACAUCAAUAAUGGAUCAUAGCUUUCACCUGGAUUCACCUGGUCAGUCUAUGUAUUGGAAAGAGCAGGUGUCCUUAAUGUUUUGUACGCUCAGUGUAUGUGUUAAAAUAUAAAACUAUUUUUGGAUACAAGUCUGCCAAAUAACCAUAUUAUUUUCAUAACGUUUGGUUAUCAUCUCCAGAGCUGACCCAGUUUGAUGAGAAGGGGAACAAGACUUCAGUACCAGAUAAGGAGCGUCAGAUCGAGGCCUUCCAGCUGCUGUUCAUGCUGCUUCCUCCAGCCAACCACAGUCUGCUCAAACUGCUCCUGGACCUGCUCUACCACACCGCUCGCAACCAGCACAACAACAAGAUGUCUGCCAUCAACCUGGCCACCAUGGUGGCUCCACACAUCAUCUGGCCCAAACAUGUACGUCUAGAUCAAAUCAAAGUUUAUUGGUCGCGUACACAGUUUAGCAGAUGUUAUAGCGUGUGCAGCGAGAUGCUUAUGUUACUAGCUCCGAACAAUGCAGUAAAAUGUCAAACAAAACAAUCGCUUUCUCUCUCUCACCAUCCCUCUCUCCCAUCAGUUGAUUAUUGUUGUGUCUUUACUCAUUAGUAUUGUUGUGUGUCUUUUCCAGGUGCGAGCCAGCGACCUCCAGGGGAACAUUAAGAAGCUAAACAACGCAGUGGCUUUCCUCAUCAAACACUCACAGAAACUCUUCAGGGUGAAAAUUGACUGGCUAACAUUCAUUCUCCACCAGCCAUUCUUAAUCAAUAUCCUUAUUCAUUACCCUUCCCUCUGUAGCACUCAAUCAUCUGGAUUCUGGAACAAUAACUGGCAGGGGUUUUCACCUGAGUCAAUACUGUCUAUCUGCAUCAUAGUCAAUCAUUUCACAUGUCAAUCACAGUUUUGGAAAGUUACGUCAACUAAAACCUGUGAGUUUUGUGUGUCUAAAUAAGUCUUCUUUCUCUAAACAAUGACAAAGGUGGUACAUUUGUGUGUUUUUACUAAAGGCUCCUGCGUACGUCAAAGAACACGCCUGCAUGCAUUUUACAGGAUCAACCACCUCCCAGUUUACGGUGAGUACACUACAGAAACUCUGUCUAGUUGAAAUUCGAUCACUGCACACUUUUGGAACUAUUUCACUGUGUCGGGCGACCUAAAUCAAGCAUGUCUUCUGUCAGGGAAUACAUUCUCACAUUCAGCUAAUACCUGUUAUCAAUUCCCCCCUCUCCUCCCCAUCAGGAUGGCCUGGCUCUGUGUGGUGGGGGUGCUCACCCCUCAACCUCUAAGAGGGCUGGUGGGGGUGUGAUGUAUACAGAUGGGACCACCACCAGUCACACACACACUGAGCUGGCCCUCAGAGAGCUUUACCAACAGGUCAGCAGCAUGCCUGAGUCUGCCAAGAAGAAGAAACUCAUCAGACAGGUGAGACACACACGCCUACACCUGUAUUUGCGGAAUGUGCAGAAAUAAUGAGUGUUUGGCCAAGGUGGCGGCAGGUAGCCUAGCGGUUAAGAGUGUUGGGACAGUAACCAAGAGGUCGCUGGGUCGAAUCCCUGAGCCGACUAGAUGAAAAAUCUGUCGACGUGCCCUUGAGCAAGGCACUUAAUCCUAAUUGCAACAGGGUCGCUGUCAAUAAUGGCUGAUCUCUGGCCGUGACCCCACUCUCAGAGGAUGUCUCACUUGUGAAAAUAGGACCAAUGUAAGCACCCUCCUAAUUAUUAUUAAGACUGUUUCGCUGUAAGUGUGUGUAGUCUGGGUAAAGUGUUUUUGUGUAUGUUGUGUAGUUUGCUAAGCAGGUCCCUGGGACGCCAGUGAGUGACCAACAGACCCUGCACUCGAAUAGGAAACAUCGUCGCUCGCGCUCCUUUGGAGGAAUCAUCAAGGUAUCAUCAAUUAUUUUAAAUAAUAACUAAAUGUUCCGUCAAUCCCAGCAAAAUGUUACAUACAGUAUGUGUGCUUUUAAUGCUAUGUUUGUGUGUGUACAAGAGGAGAGCAUUAGGUACCCAGGGCCCAGUGGAGAAGGGUAGCAGCAGCACUAGCCUGGUGACUCCAGGACCCAGCAGCUCAGCGGACAGACAGGAGAUGGAGGACAUCAGCUUUGGAUGGGUAAGUACUCUACACCACUCCAUAGCUAAGUCACUGUAUGUGUGCGUAAUAGGAGCGGUAUAGUGAAGUGUUACUUUGUCUCAGGUUCAAACCAAACAAAUGAAACUGUCCGUUUGACUGGUGGGCAGCAUGAUUCACAGCUAUAAACCUGUCACCAGUUGGUGACUGCGUCGUUCUCCCCAUUACUAAUAUGAUAUUAAUGGUAGAAUAUGUUCAUAAUAUGGUAAUUUAGAAUGACAUAUAUGCAGGGCUCCAAACCACAGCACUGGUGAGCCAGUUAAACCAUGACUACUGCAUUGUGGUAUGGAUGGUGUCUUACCGUUAGCUCAUCAACCAGUGGCUAACCACAGGGCAGAACUCCCUACCUCAGCUCUCCCCAAUGGGGUUUAUUUGAGUGACAUUGUCGGAUGGGUUUGGCGCAAAGGUUAAGUAGAACGGACAUAACUCUGAAAUACAUGGGGUUGUUCUCUCUCUUUUCUCUCUCAGGAUUCCUCGUCUCUUAAAAGGAUGUGCUUUUCGCCAACGCAGGAGACGUCUGUCUAGCAGUCAGCUCAGCUCACCCACAGAACAUUCUCCUCUCACUCUCAAAAACAUUUCUCUAACUUGGUUUUAAAAUGAAUCUUUUAACAAACAGGGAGACACCGAGAGAUAGUUACAGUCAAGUCAUUUACAAGCCAAAUAAUGUGAUGUGUCUUAAAAGCAGUAGAACCAUGCUUGGCCAGUGAAUUCCUUUUAAUAUCUUCCUUGUUCUGUUUGGAAAGAGACGACACAACAAAUGUACACCUUUGUCGUUCAGGUCAAGUAAGAGUUAGAAUGACUAGAAAAACCAGUGAGAACCAAAUUAAACCCACAUUGUGUUUUACUUCUCUUAAAACUUUUGCAUGUGUUUUGAGUUAAUGUUACUACUGUGUAAAGCAUGCUAUGUGGACAAACAUUGUCUCAGGUAGGUAGAAGUAAGCUGGAUAUAGGGAGUUUGCGCUGGAUUGUAGCAAAUUACUGGAUGGUUAAAAAAGGAUGGUUAAAUUCCGAUUGACAACACGUUUAAGUUAAGCAAAGUGUUUUGAGUGCCUUCAAAUUAUAUUAGCAAAGUAGUAAAGUUGAGUUGUGAUGCAUUAUAUUUUAUAUAAUCUUUAUUUAAGCCUGUAAAUCCCAUUGAGAUAGUCUAAUGUAUUCCAGUUGGUGUAGCUGUGGAGGCAGUAGCAUCGUCAAUGUGGCUGUUUAUAAUUGUGUUCAGACUUAGCAGAGCGAUGGGGAUGAGUGUGAAAGAAAGAUGGAGGGAGAAAUUAGUGAGAGUGAAGGCUUGGAACAUGGUAUGUAGGGCUAUGACUAGGGGUUUUCCUGGUCGGGUCACGUGUUAAGGAAAACCUAGUAGACGUCAAUGAGACCAACGGAGUAGGCGUAGCUAAUGCUCUAGUGUUAUUACAACUGGUGUGAACUCACUGUUUAUUCUUUAGCCACAGUCUUAAUCUGUCAACACUGUGAUUUUCUCUCUAUUUAAAUACUUUUUUUUUUUUAACUUUUUUUUUACUUUUCUGAGACUACAACCAAAAUGUGUAUUAAUGGUCAGUUUUUUAAAAUAUAUUCUUUUUUUUUAUCCACUUAUGUUUUAUGCAAUAUUUUAUGCAAUGUCCUUUUGAUUCUGUUACAAAAAAGUUUUGCUAUGCAAUCUGUGUUACAAUAUUAGUUAUUUCAUAUCGAACAUUGUUAUCCAUGGUUUAGGCCUAUCUGCAUUGGUUCUCUAUGUUUAUACCUAUUUUUCAGAUUUAGUCAGACAUUGAGCGCUGAAUCCGGACAAGAUUCAACCAUAUCUUCACACAAGUCCUCUACCAACAUGAAUUAUUUAUUUUUGUGGAAAUGGGAAUAUAUAUUUCUGUGUCAGCGGCAUUACCAUGUCAAACGAUUCUGUUAUACUGAUCUGACGAUGAGCAUCAGAAUUCUGUCUGUUAAAUGUGAAUGUGCUACAUGCCACCGGGUCUGAGUAGCACUAUGUACAACAGCUUGUCUGUCAUUAUUGGCACUAAUGUGAAGCUAUGCAACAAACUGCCAUUAAAAGAUAAUGAAACAAACAUA